AUGGUGUUUGGAGACACUGCGUAUUUAUACAUCAAAUUCGGUGGAUACUCGUAUAAGUUUGUGGUCUUAGAAGAAAUGGUUGUCGGCUUUUACUCAAAAAGGUUUGCGGUACUUAUGGUGAUGCUGCAAGCGUCAAAUACGAUGCUUGUUGGGUCUUAUGAAGCCAUUUGUACAAAAUGUUCUGAGGUACGAGAACAAGCUGCUCAAGAGAGGAUUGAAACUAUUAAGUCACUUAUACUGGCUAAAUUAAAUCUUAAAUCUGCGCCAAAAAUUCAUUUAUCACCGAAGGCUAAACCGCUAAUCGAACGUAUUACACGUUUAGUAGAAUCUGAAGCACGUAACGACAAUGUUUUGUCUGAUCCAGAAGAGUCAAAAACAAAAAGCGAGACACUGGUGUUUGGUGAAGAAGUUCAUCGAAACGGCAAAUCUGUUGUCGUCUUUCGCUUGUCACCUGAUUUACAGUCUAAAGAAGUGGUGGCGGCUGCGUUAAAAAUUCAGAUGUCAGUGUUCCGGAACUCACACAUACCAUCCACUGCCAUUGAAUGUAAAGUGAAGGAAGUGCAGGACAAUGGCGAG